UCUUUCUCUCUAUAAGGAAGAUGCUCGUGUUCAUCAAUAACAUGUCCAGCAUUUUGCUUCUCCUCUCUUUGGCUCUUGCCUUCUCUGAUGCUGAAGAGCGUGGUGUCAAUGAGUUGUUUUCCCUGAUUGGAGCACCGCCGGUACAAAGUGGAACAUCUGACUCUUCUAGCAACCAAACCAAAACCGGAGCCAAAGAUCCUUCUCUACCAGUCAAUGAGCUGCUGGAGCAAGGCAAAAAAUCUGCAGACCCAAAGCUGGCACUGCCACCGGGUAUAUGGCCCAAACACACAGAUCCACUGUCCCCUCAUCCUCAGCCAGGCACACACAGCAAGAGCAAGAAGGGCUCGAGGGAGGAGCGGCUUCCCAUUGAUUACAACAACGACAAACUGCGUAAUGAUGGCCAUCCUAAUAAAGCCGUCCCUGCUCCUGGGGUCGGGGCAUCGAAUCGUACUCAGGUACAGAAAGCUACACCUGAAAGCCCAGUGCUGACUAAUAAUCCUUCAUCCAGUGGGUCUGAGCUAAAUUACAACUCCAGAUCACGCACACGCUCACAGCAGUUAUCAUCUAACACACCAAGAGAGAGUGGAAAUAGUCGGAUGGAUCCCGAGGAGAACAGACCAGGAAAAUCAGGCCUGAACAGCAAUCGCUCAUUCAGCCAAUACAAUCGGCGCUUUUCCAGUCUACUCUACCACUUCGACAUCUACAAAAAAGAGUCGGAUUUCAUCCAUGAUGCAGUGUGCUUGAGUGAAUGUAGGAAGGACAAGGACGAGAUAGAGCACUUCUGCUAUAGUGAAUUCGCCAUCAAUGGCAUUGUUCACGACAUUGAUACAAUUCGUCGAGGCAUCAGGCUGGUCACGCUGCUUGUGAGCAAGGACGGCUUCUACAAGAUGAGCCGCCUCUACAUCACUCAAGACACCUACUUCUACAAGGUGAACAUCCUGGUCUUGGAUACCUACAAGUGUACCAAACCUUGUCCUGACCUCAAACUCGGUAGCAGAUAUAUAAUCAUGGGUCAUAUCUACCACCGAAAGCGCCAUCUCCCCUCUAGUCUCCUUGCCCUCCUGGGGGGCAAACUGAAACCAGGAGACGGGGUCCUGCGCAGCAACAGCUACGUCAAGCGCUACAACAAAAGAAGACACCAGAAAGCUCAAGAGGCCGUGCGCUCAAGGUGCAGGUGAAUGGAAAAAUUACAGCUCACUACCGACUCUCGCUGCAUGGGAGGAAUAACUGCAGCCUUAUGUAAAUACAAAAAGAACAAACUCAUAAUCUUGCAGUAUUAUCGGAGGAGAUAGACAGGAAGACAAAGGCGUCUCUGUCCACCCUGCCCAAGCGUCCGAGUGUAAUAGAUCAAUCCACUCCAAGUGGGGAUAUUUUGCUUGCUGUACAAUGCUUGCCUUUCUGCCUGUCCUCUUUCAUAGACGACUCCAGGGAAAUCCGCUGGAUUCCAUCCACUGGCGGAGGAUCUGAUUCAUGUCUGAAACAUGAACCAGGAACCGGCUAAAUAUUUCCUCCAAAAAAUAUUCAGAGCAAACUAAUAAAACGAACAUUUUUUCAUGUGUUUAUCUACCCUAUACACCCUGCCCUUUUUUAAUAAGCACACAACAACCAUGAUGUGUUUUUAGUGUACAUUUACCCUCAUAAACACAAGAAAAGUCCGGAAAGAUCAGAGACGUUGCAAAAUAACCUUGUGGAAGAAAUUGAGAAAAGUCAUGCAUCCGCAUGGCGUCAGUGUCUUCUGAGCGGUUAUGUCCAGUCAUUUCAUAUUCCGCAAAACAUGUACCUCUUUUACGAAGCACAGAAUACGCUAUGUGACUUUGAACUUGUAAUGCACUAUGCACGUUGGAGAAGUUACUAUUUUAUAUGCUUUAAGAGCAUUUCCUUUAGAAAAUACAUUCCUUCACUAUCUAGAGUGCCAAAGCCAACUUUUCAUGCCUUAUAUAGUGCAAGUUUCUUUACAGUUUUUGGUGUUAAUUGCGCUCCCAGGCUUCUUCUCAACACAUUACACAGUGCCCAACAUCCUGUAUGCAGGUUCAUUUUUUCCUCCUAUUUUUCCAGUUUGAAAAAAUCAUGUGUCAUUAACUCAGUUAAACUAGGUUUAUUUUCCCAUUCACACCGUUUGGGCUGCACAGAAUGGGAGCACAAACCAACCACACAGAGCUUCUAUUUAUUUUGCUCAUACUUUGUAUUUCACCUUUAAAUUAUACCAGAAUGCAGGAAAUGUGCUGUUAGGCUCAAAAGAAGGAGAGGAAGAAUUAAAGGGUUUGAAACAAGAAGGGCACAAAAAAACAAAACAACACAAUUCCCUUUCUUAAGAUAAGCUUAUUUUCUGUACUUUGGGAUACUUUUUACUGCAUAGUAAAAGAGAGACUGUAGAAAAAGAAGGCCAGUGUGAACGCGUUCGUCUUGAGCCCUAAUCGGAUAGUAAUCUGAUCCUCUGUGCACCUGGUUACAUGAAAGAGGGCGGUUCUGUUUAGGGUCCUGUGAGCAAAAACAUGGGCCAGGGCCUCAGGGAACAGCAUAGAUAUCUAUGAGGGAACAGACGCUCCAGGAGCCGUAAUGGAACGCUACCUAUGGCGAAUAUUUGCCCGCACACACAAACACACACACACACACAGGCUUUUGGCUCAAGCUCAAAGGAAGCAGAAGGGGAGCAGCACGGGCAGGAAAGAAGAGGAGCUUUAUGGGCAUGUUGGGUGAAAGAGAAGGAAAGAUUUCAAGAAAUUGGUUCCUUCAUUCCAUGAGUCAAAAGUGUAAAGUGGGUGGAACUGAAGGUAAACAGGGAAUACUUUUAUAUGCACUGCUGAUGCACAUUUUGUCAUUCUGAAAUGUCUUAUUAAAUAAUAAACAUAUUUUUUUCUA